UUUGUAUAGAGAGAGACUCAACUCUCUCAAGUCUCAACCCAUUUGGCCAUUUGGGUGUAGAGAGCAACAACAACGCCCACCCACCUUCACACCAACUUCAUCACACUACUCCUCCUCCUUCCUUCUUUCCUCUCACUUUUUUUCUUUCAAUCUUUCUUCUCUCUGACGGAUGGAUUUUUAAUAAAACAAAAAGUGAAAGAUUAAAGCGCUUCUUCACUUUCCUUGUUAUCUGCUCUAAUAAAGCUAAAUUGAUUGAGUCUCUCUUUUUUAAAAUUUCGUCGGUUCGUUCUCUUUUUUUUUUUGGUUUCCGAUCAAAAUUGAAAACCCAUUUAGUUCUUCGAUGAAAGGUGAUAAUUUGAGGGAGUGAAGCAGAUUGGUUGUUGCUGUCAUCUUGGGAGAGUUUCUGUUAUUAGAAACCCUCUCAUUUUAGCCUACUUGGUGAAGGUUUAGGAGUUUCCUAAAAAGUUUCAAACCGGCUUUGUGGUUUUGGUAAUAAAUCUUGGUGAAAUUUUUAAAGCUAUUUGCCUCCAAGUUCUUGAGUUAAAGAAACAAGAGAAGGAGAUGGGGUGUGUUACUUCUUGCUUUCGUGUCGACGACUUUGAGGAUUACCCGAAUCCAACUAGUUCUUCUGUCAACAGGAACUGCCCAUGCCCGAGAUGUCUUGUUAAUAGCUUACUUAACCUGUAUGUCUCUUUAUUCAGAAGAGGCGAAACUCGCUCUCUCCCAUCUUCCUUACAGGCUACUACUACUAAUGUAUCAAUAACUUCAUCUACUUCGUAUGAUAACUUUAUGUCUAAUACAUUCCACUCUACUCCAAGGCCUCUGCCUUAUGAUGCUGAUCCAAGAUGCUUCCGGUCAAGGCGUGAUUCCCUUGUCUCUAGACGCGAUAAGGGUUCAAGUUAUUCUCAUGAGGAAGCUGAGCCAUUAAGAAGUGAUACUGAUUUUGAUUCUGAGUCUUUCUCAGUGGAAGGAAGCAAAUGGGCUAAUAAUAAGCUUAUUAUCUCUGGUGAAGUUUCAAAAGAAGAGUUCUCUAAAUCCACUCGAAGGAUUCUUAAGUCAAAGACAAUGGCUAUUGGUGAUGAUGAAGGCAUGUAUAUUACAUCUGAUGAUGAAGAUGUCUGUCCAACGUGUCUUGAAGAAUAUACAUCAGAGAACCCGAAGAUUGUUACAAACUGUUCUCACCAUUUCCACCUCAGCUGCAUUUAUGAAUGGAUGGAGAGAAGUGAAAACUGUCCUGUUUGUGGAAAGGUGAUGGAGUUUAACGAAACACCGUAACUUGUUACCAUUGAUCCUGUCUUUUACUGCCUAAACUGAAACUGGGAAGAUUGACAAGGCAGCAUGCAGACAGAUGUGCAAAUUAAUUUGUUGAUCUGUGAAUACUUUUUAUUUACAAUUUAUGGUAUAUAUAUGGAAAUGUGGAAGUGUCUUUGCACAUUUGGCUAAUGGAGUUCUGAGGAAAAGGCCCUCUGGAGAGAAAAAAGCAGCGGCAGCAAAACACAUGCACACAGGAAUCUGACAUGUUUCUCAAGAUUUGCUUAUGGGGCAGUGUUUUGUUUUUUUUACAUCAACAUUUUGUAUGAAUUACUUAACCCUUUUAUUAAUAGCAUACAUGUGAUGGUUAUUA